CUAAGGCCAAAAGUACAUAGUUACAUUUCCGCCUUCUCUUUCUGUGUUUGGAAUCGAAUCUCGAAUAUAUUUGGAAGUUUACCAUCUAUCAAUCAAUUUUAACCACGUACGAUUCGAUAAGAAUCACUGGAUUCGCCCUGCGAAACAGAAAUUAUACGAAGAUCAAUAAACAACAACAAUAACCCAAUCUGCGAGCGCGAACGAACAAUAUUCAUCAUGCGCUUCUCCCAAGCUUUAGUCCUUCUGGCAUAUGCUCCGUUCGCAAUUGCAUAUCCAACAUUCUCAGCACCCGCAGCCGCAGCGGUAGAAACAGCUGCAACUCCAUUUACUGUUACGUGGGCAGAUAAUGGAGAUGCUCCGGCGAUAGCUGACAUUACCACUUAUCAACUAGAUCUCUGCGCAGGAUCUAGUACAGGUGAGGAUCUUGCAGUGAUAUACCCCGUAACUGCUUCCGCUACCUUGGGAUCAACUGUUUCGACUACUGUCACUGUACCGGCGGCCAGGGGGUCAUCGGUGACCAAUGCUUACUUCAUGAGAAUGAUAGCAACUACAGCGUCAGGGUCUGUUACAGUAUAUUCGAACAGGUUCUCUAUUAGCGGCAUGACAGGGACUUUUGGAGGCGUGUACACAAUUACUGGCACUGCUGGACCAGCAACUGUCAAUAAUGUGGCAGACACGGCAGUCGCAUCAUCAUCAGGAACUGCGGACGAGGGCGUUUAUGGAAUCCCAUACCAAUCACAAACUGGUCUUACAAGAUAUGCUCCGAUGGGUCUGAUGCCUGGUACCACAAUAACGGCCACGAACACAGCACCCCAAUAUCCAAAAUCGGAUGUUACUCUAGCCACCACGUAUUUAAGCCCAGCAACCAUCUACACAACUUUGACUCAAGCUCAGACAGCAUCCUUUGCAAGUCAUCCUAAUACGGUUGCUGCUGCAUCAAUGCCUACAGAUGAUAUGGCAAAGUUCUUGGCUAGAUGGAAGGAUUGAAUCAUUACAAAGACAAUGAAUGAUGUAUAAAUAGGGCAUCAAAUGAACAUGUGAAAAGGAGUUUGGCGUACACUCGAAUUGGUAUUCGAGGUUUUAGUUUAAAUGAAUACCGUGUAUACCCAACGAAUCAAGAAUUUACCCAGUCAAGCCAUCACUUGGUACUGUGCACCAGGGUCGUUAAGCA